CAAGUUUAUUUAAAUGAUGGUGGAUUUUUUUUUAAAAAAAAAGAAAAAAAACCACUUUACGUUGUGCAAUAACACAAAAAAAAAGAGAUUAUUUCACUUAUCGGAAAUAUGUUACCCCAUAUAGUAAAUUAACAAAGGUUUUACCGAAUUAAACUAUGUUGAUCCCAAUUAACGGAUUUUAAUAAGGUUUUAAAAAUUUUGUCGCACAAAGUUGAUACAAAAAUUUUAUUAUUAAUAAUCGACCGUGAUCGUGGAUUAAAAAAUUUUCUUUCAACUAUUAUAAUAGUUAAAAUCAUGUCGGAAAUAACUUGUCAUGAUAUUCCUCCAGUUAAAAGUGAUUAUGAACCUAUUGGAAAUACAGUGAAAGUUGCCGAUUUUGAUGUUUAUGUUUCAAUACCAGAAAAUAAAUCGAAACCUUUCAAAAAAGCAAUCAUUGUUUCUUACGAUAUUUACGGAUUUCAUCCAAAUCUAAAACAAUAUUGUGAUAUUUUAGCGAAAGCUGGGUUUCUUGCUUUACUUCCAGAUUAUUUUCGUGGACAAACAAGUGAAUCUUUUGAAGGAGGACUUCAAGGUAUAAUCAAGUUUCUCAAGGAGAAUUAUCCAACGGAAAAAAACGUAGAGGAUACUUUAAAAGUUAUUGAAUAUUUUCGUUCAGAAUAUGGUGUUGAAAAUUUUGGAUUUACAGGAUUUUGUUGGGGUGGAAUUCUUGGUUCAGUUCUUUGUUCAAUUAAAGAUUUUGAUGCUUGUGUUUUAAUCCAUUAUGCUCCUGGAAUUCAACCACCAGAAAAAUUUGAAAAAUCUCAAUGUCCUAUUGCAUUCUUACCUGCAGCCGGAGAUGUUGAUAGCCAACCUUUUAUUGAUGCUAUGAAAGAUAAACCAUUCGCUGAUAAGAAUAUUCAAAACCGAUUUAAUGAUAUGAAACAUGGAUUUGCAGGUUCUCGUGGAAAUCUUAAUGAUGAAUUAAUUAAAAAAAGGGUUGAUGAAGUUUUUGAAAUCUCUAUCAAAUUUUUUGCUGAAAAUGUUGGUGUUAAAUAUUAAAGACUGGCCUUUUGUUUUUUUUUUUAAAAAAAAAAUGAAUAAUAAUGAAAAUAAAUAAAAAAAAUAAACGAGAAAUGAAUGAAUAA